GCAAGCGUCUCCUCGCAACUUACACUCAACCUCCACCAUGCCCUCCAAACGCUUUCCGAACCCAGGAUCAGUCGAAGUCGGCCCAGAGAAGGUCGAGGGCGAGACACGGAUACGACGGAGCGUGUUGUCGCCCGACAAGCUCGUCACCCAGCCAUGGGAAGGCAUCGACACCGUCUACGACGUCCUGAUGUACGCCGCGCGCACGCACGGCACCAAGCAGUCGUACGGCUACCGAGAACUCGUGGACACUCACGAGGAGGAGAAGGAGGUCAAGAAGGUCGUCGGGGGGAAGGAGGUGACGGAGAAGAAGACCUGGAAGUACUUCCAGCUUAGCGACUACAAGUACCUCACCUUCCAGCAAGUCAAGGAGGCCGCAGUCGAGGUCGCGGGGGCUCUCCUAGAGCUUGGUAUUCAGAAGACCGACGUGGUCAAUGUCUACUCUGCUACGAGCCCGAACUGGCAAAUCAUGUCAUAUGGUUGUGCAACCAUUGCAACAGCCAUUGCAACAGCCUACGAGACCCUCGGCGAGUCUGGUCUCCAGCACGCGCUCAACGAGCCGGAAUGCGUAGCGAUGUUCACGAACGCGGAGCUACUCAAGGUCGUCGCGAAUGUCGCACCGAACGUGCCGUCUCUGCGCAUUGUCAUUUACGACGGCAAGGCAGACGAGACGCUCUUGGAGAAGAUCCGAACGGCGCGCGAGGGCGUACGUGUACUGCACAUCGAUGAGCUGCGACAACUCGGCAAAAACACGUCGGAGGAGACGCUCAAGGAGCGACGGCCAGUGCCCGAGGACACGGCGUGCAUCAUGUACACGAGUGGAACGACGGGGGCUCCGAAGGGCGUCAUCAUCUCGCACGCGAACGCGAUCGCGUCGGUGGGUGCUGUGUACACGUUCAUCGGACACCACCUUAAGUCGGACGACGCGUACCUGGCGUACCUCCCGCUCUCGCACGUGCUCGAGUACAUCGUCGAGAUGUGCUUGUUCUUCGUAGGAAUGACGUUCGGGUACGCGCGCGUGAAGACGCUCAUGGACACGUCCGUGCGCAACUGCCUCGGCGACAUCCGGGCAUUCAAGCCUACGAUCAUGGUCGGCGUGCCGCAGGUGUGGGAGAUGAUCCGCAAGGGCAUUGAGGGCAAGGUCAACCAGGGCGGCUCGAUCAAGAAGAGCAUGUUCAAUGCGUCGAUCUCGAUUAAGAAAGCGGGCGUGCCGGGCCUGAGCGAGCUUGUGGACAGCGCAGUGUUCUCGCAAGUACGUGCAGCGACGGGAGGCAGGCUGCGCCUUGCCCUCUCGGGAGGUGCCGCCCUUAGCGUCGAGACACAGGAGUUCCUUGCCCUGGCUCUCGUCAAGAUGAUUCCCGGGUAUGGUCUGACCGAGACAUGUGGUAUGACCGCCAUCUUCCCGCCGGAGUACUCGAAGUUCGGCGAAGUCGGCCUUCCAGUGCCAUCCAUGGAGAUCAAGCUGAAAGACGUCGUGGAGGCGAACUACCUGUCCACGAAUGACCCACCACAGGGUGAGGUUUGGGUCCGUGGCGCGUCGCUGACCAAAGGCUACUUCAAGCGCGAUGACCUGAACAACGACCCAUCCAUCUUCACGCCGGAUGGCUGGUUCCGGACGGGUGACGUCGGUCAAUGGAACCCGGAUGGCACCUUGUCUUUGAUUGAUAGGAUCAAGAACCUGGUGAAGUUGCAAGGUGGAGAGUACAUCGCCCUAGAACGCCUCGAGUCCGUCUACAAGUCGUGCAACCUCGUCUCCAACAUCUGCGUGCACGCCCACCCCGACGCGAAGCAACCCAUCGCGAUCAUUAUUCCGCACGAGCCGAACCUCCGGCACGCGCUCGAGAGCAAGUCCCUGGGCCUGCCCGCGCACACGGCGCUGCCCGAUCUCUGUAAGGACGACCGCGUACGCGAGUUCGUGAUGAAGGAGUGCAACGCCGUCGGCAAGAAAAACGGCUUCAAGCCGAUGGAGAUCCUCGAGAGUAUCGUCCUCACUGCGGAUGAGUGGACGCCAGAGAGCGGGCUUGUCACAGCUGCGCAGAAGGUGCAGCGCCGCAAGGUGGCGGAGCACUAUGCCGAUGAAAUCAAGGCAAUCUACAAGCCAAUUUAGAGGGACAACAUAGACAUGCUGGCGGUGCAUACUCCUGGAUCAUUCUCACUCACGGACGAUGGCAUAUUGACGGGCAUUCUUGCCCUUGCAACUUUCGAGCUUAUCUUGUAUCUUACUCAGCUUUCCAAUGGCCCAUCACCUACUGCCUCGCAUUAUAUGCGGCGUCGGCAUGCGUCAUGCGCCUACGCUGUUUGACGUGCGCGAUCCUUUAUUCGGGGCACAAUUCAUCCCUAUGAGACAUUAAGGCCCUUCCAAGUAGUUUGUGGUGACCAUCGUUCAGCCAACCAAGCAAGACGGUGUCGUCAGCAUGUAUGAUUUUCGGAUAUUUGAUAUAUAGCGCUAUAGCGUGCUCGCUAGGCGACGCGCUAGUCUCCAUGGACAAAA